UUUGGCGUCGACCGGGUUUAGAUACAGGGUGGUGUUGCGUGUUUAUUAGAAAGUAGGUUGCAGUGGCUCUAGUUGUUGUUGGUGCUACUGCCGGUGAGAAACGAUGAGCAAAUCUGUCAGGAGGAAGUAUGAUGAUGACUUUGAUGACGACUCUAGAUCAGCGAAGCGUCGCCGCCUGUCGACGGACGCCGCCGAGAUCGAGGACCGGCUUGAGUCCCUGAUCAUCCGCGUCGGAGAAAGGAGUACUGCGUCUUUGGAAUCCAACCUGGAGGGUCUGUCAUCGGUCCUGGAAAAUGAUCUCGUCAAGGCCAAAAACAAGAUCCAAAGAAUCUUGGUGGACUGCGCGUCCAAGAUGCCGGAACGGUCGUCCGUUUACUCGACGCUGGUUGGCCUGCUCAACGCCAAGAACUAUAAUUUCGGCGGUGAGUUCGCCGAGUCGCUGGUGCGCUGCCUGAAGGACAGCCUGAAGAUCUGCGAGUGGGACAAGGCGCGCAACUGUCUGCGCUUCCUCUCCGACCUGGUCAACUGCCACGUGGUGUCGGCCUCCUCGCUGCUGGCCGUCUACGACAACUUCCUGGAUGCUGCCAUGGAGACGGGCGUGCCCCAGGUGCGCACCGACUGGCUGGUGUACGCCGUGCUCACAUGCCUGCCCUGGGUCGGCCGCGAGCUGUUCGAGAAGCGCGAGGCCGACCUGGACCGGCUGCUGGCCACCAUCCGCACCUACCUGGACCGGCGCAGCAAGAAGCACGUGCCGGCGCUGCGCGUCUGGUCCAGCGACGACCCGCACCCACAGGAGGAGCAACUGGACUGUCUGUGGGCGCAAAUCAGCAAGCUGCGUGCCGACAGCUGGCAGGAGAAGCACAUCCUGCGGCCGUACCUGGCCUUCGACUCGAUCCUGUCGGAGGCGCUGCAGCACAAGCUGCCCGACAUUCAGGCGCCGCUGCACCACGCCACCAACGUCUACCCCCAGCCCAAGGUCGUCUUCAGGAUGUUCGACUACACAGACUGUCCGGAGAGCGGCCCGAUUCUGCCCGGCGCACACAGCAUCGAGCGCUACCUCAUCGAAGAGCACAUCCACCACAUCCUGGAGGUGCACCACAACGACCGCAAGGAGUGCUCGGCGCAGCUGCUCAACUUCCCGCACAAGACCAAGAUACCGCUCGACUACAUGAUCGUGGAGGUGGUGUUCGCCGAGCUGUUCCAGAUGCCGUCGCCCAGGUUCCUCGAGAUCAACUACGGCUGCAUCCUGAUCGAGCUGUGCAAGCUGCAGCCGAGCACCAUCCCGCAGGUGCUGGCCCAAGCCACCGAGAUCCUGUUCGAGCGCAUCGACACCAUGAACGUAUCGGCGUUCCAGAGGUUCGUCACCUGGUUCAGCUACCAUCUGAGCAACUUCCACUUCCGCUGGUCGUGGGCCGACUGGGCCGACUGCCUGACGCUGGACCCGGAGCACCCCAAGCCCAAGUUCGUGCGCGAGACAUUCGAGAAGUCGCUCCGGCUCAGCUAUCACCAGCGGGUCCAGGAGAUGGCCGGUCAGGAGUUCGCGGCGCUGGUGCCGCUGGAGCCCAAGCCACGCUUCCGGUACGGCGAGGAGGGCGCCGCCUCGCUGGCCGGCACCAUGGUGGCGCACCAGCUGAUAACGGCCAUCAAGGAGCGCUGCACUCCCGAGGAGGCCAUCCGACUGCUGAAGGAGAUGCCCAACCCGCUAAAGGCCGGAGACGACGACGCCGAGCCCACGCACAACCCGCUCAAGAUCGAGGUCUUCACCGAGACGCUCAUCUACGUCGGCUCCAAGAGCUUCUCGCACGCGUUCGCGGCCAUCGCCAAGUUCCGCUACGUGUUUAAGGUGCUGGCCGAGACGGAGGAGGCGCAGAUCUGCGUCCUGCGCAGCUUGUACGAGGUGUGGAAGAACCACCCGCAGAUGAUGUGCGUGCUGGUGGACAAGAUGCUGAAGACGCAGAUCGUCGAGUGCUCGGCGGUCGCCAAUUGGAUCUUCUCGCGCGAGAUGAACGCCGUGUUCCUCAAGUCCUACGUCUGGGAGAUCCUCAACCUGACCAUCCGCAAGAUGAGCCAGCACGUGCACAAGCUGACGGUGGAGGCGGCCGAGGCGCGGGCGCGCCUGCACCGGGACUCGGAGGACAGCGACAGCGACGAGGAGCGGCGCGACCGGCCCAGCGACGAGCAGGUGGAGCGCAUGGAGGAGCGGCUUGAGCAGGCCCAGUCCGACCAGAAGACGCUCUUCCUCAUCAUCUUCCAGCGGUUCAUCAUGAUCCUGUCGGAGCACCUGGUGCGCUCUGACACAGACGGCAGGGACUUCCGCACCCACUGGUGGAAGUGGACCUUUGGCCGACUCCAGCAGAUCUUCAUGCAGCACAACGAGCAGGUGCACAAGUACAGCCAGACGCUGGAGACGCUUCUGUUCACCCAGGACCUGGACCCGCACGUGUUGGACGCCUUCCACCAGUUCCUGGCGCUGCGUGCCUGAGCCGGGCCCGCCCAGUGUUCCCCGACUCCUCAACGGCUGGCGGCCGGCGGCCGGCCCCUGCGGCAGGCUACCGCCGCGCCCUCUGCCCGACAGGCGGCGCUGGCGUCGUGACGUGAUGAUUCGCACGCGCGCGGCGGCGGGCUCCGGUCCGAGACCAGUGGCGUUGUGAGGUCACGGUGUGACCCCGCCUGCGGACCGCUGCGGCGAGACGGCCAGCCAGCCCAUGUCGUGCUGUGAACACGGACGUCCAGCCCCGGUUGGGCCGCUUCAUCGCUGUGCAUUGGUGGACGUUCGGUGUGUUCUUUUCAAAUAGAGUUCACGGAGGUCGACGUGCUUUGGAGGACGGCGAUUGCCGAAUUGCCACCGCGCGCGUUAUAUUGGCUAUGAUUGGUAACUGGUCCGACAAGAUGCACGGACUCGUCGCCGACCGUUACCAACCGAUUUGUGGUCAAUCGGUACCUUCGUUUUACAUUCUGCUCUUUGAAUGUUUCGUACUUUGGGCAUUUUGUACUUUGGAUGCUCCGUACUUUCGGCAUUUUGUACUUUGACCAUCGUGCAAAUUGCCCUCGUCACAACCAAUGAUAUGGGAAGCGAGGUGCGUGUGACGGGUCGUGUCUCGAGGCAUGCCUUAGCAUAGCUGGGCGGUUGAUAAUGUUCGCCAGACCGGGCUAUGGUGAGUCGCCACGCGGGCUGCCCGCUCGCCGCUGUAGAGCGGCGCCUUGCCAGCAAGCCGACGGUACGCCGCCAAUCGAUCCUCGAGCUGUUUGUCCUUUCCGAGAUACA